AUGACCUUUUUGGGGGAACUGAAAGUUAAUUCGAGAAGUACUUACAAGGAAUUAAUGAAAGAGCUUGAAUUUUCGCACACUGUUGGAUGGAAUCUUAUUCUUGCUGAGGAGAAAAACCAAAAAGAAAAAAAUGGAGAGUGCAACCAGGUGUGGGUCGAUAAAGGUCCGCACGCGCACCAACCGCAGGAAGCUUUCGGCGUGGCCGAUUCCUUACUGUGGUUGGUGGGUGAGUAUGUUAUUGGACAACAAAAAGCAACGGGCAAAAUUUGCCUUUUUUCUUAUUUUAACUUUUCUUUUCUAGGAGAAUGCCGUGAAGACAGCCCGUGUCAGCAUUUAUGUUUUGACUUGCACGACGGGACUUUCGAAUGUGCGUGCAAAGAGGGAUUUACACUUUCUGUAAAUGGCUACGGUUGUAUAGAAAAUUCAAAACUCAAAGAGAGGAUUAAUUGGAAGAAUUCAUCUCUUUGGAUGGAGAAUGGAACUUCAUCAGAGGAAUUUUUUGAUUCUGAAGAUGCAGAUGCUGUUCGUUCCUUUCAUUCGAUUUACGUCAGGCGUCCGGAGAGCCGUGCACACACUUUGGAUCGAAGUUUAAUGGAUAACAACGUACAAGUAAACUUUGAAUCAUUUGACCAAAAUAGUAAAAAAAGGACAUACACGCCUAUAUCAUACGAGCAUCUGUACGAUAAUUCUGCUGGACGUUCCUUAAACUCACUAAAUGUGAACGCGCCUGAACCAGCUGGCCCCAAAGCAAUUUCAGUCAGUGAUGUUUUUCAACCAAUGAACACUGUAGCUGUAUCAACACCAUCUGUGCAUCAAAUUUUUCAUACUUGUUCGGACCUUCAGUGUGAAUCCGGUGGAAUCUGUGUUCAAGAUACAACAUCAAAACGAACUGUGCGAUGCCGCUGCCCCUUAGGUCGGAGUGGCAUAUUUUGUGAGCAAGCUGUCGAAGCAAAAUACCCAAGGUUCCAUGAUGGCUCUUAUCUUGCUCUUCCAAUUCUGAGGGACGCUCAUAAAUCAAUGCAAGUUACGCUGGAAUUCAGGCCUGAAGCUAAUGAUGGCCUUAUUUUAUACAGUGGUGAGAAAUUUGAUCUUCACGGAGAUUUUAUAUCUAUUACAUUAAACAAAGGCUUUAUUGAAUUCAGGUUUGAUUGUGGUAUGGGUGAAGGAAUACUUAUCAGUGAUCAACCUGUUGUUUUACGUUCGUGGAAUACAUUAACAAUCUACAGAGACAGGUGGGAUGCUUGGAUGCAGCUUAAUACUGGAAGCCAAGUUCAGGGAAGAUCAAAGGGCCUGUUUUCUAGAAUAACAUUUCGUCUGAAUUUGUAUGUGGGUGGAUCUCCUAACAUAUCUCUAGUAACCGACAGAAUUCAAGCUCGAACAAGUUUCCGAGGAUGCUUGAGACACUUGGCAAUAAAUCGACGUGUUUAUGAUUUUCGACCAGAGCCCAAAGGAGAUGCUUUAGAAGGAGUUGAUAUCGAGGAAUGUAGUGCUGAUGUCUGCAGCAAAGUUACGUGCUUGAACGGUGGGCAAUGCGUUGCAACUAGUCCUGAUUAUGGCGUUUGUCUUUGUCCUCUGGGUUUCGUAGGAGAUCAGUGUGAAACUGCCAUGGAGCUCAUAGUUCCAUUGUUUAAUGGCUCAUCUUAUCUACAGUACCCUGGCUUAGGUAAUACAGUUCUGUCGUUUAUUGAACUUCAGAUCGUCUUCAAACCUUACAGAUCAAAUGGAGUACUGUUCUACAAUGGCUACAAAAUGGAUGGAACGGGCGAUUUUAUUUCUUUAAAUCUAGUUAAUGGUUACCUUGAAUUCAGAUUUGAUCUUGGAACAGGUGUAGCCGUUAUAAGGAGUGAAGAACCUUUGACAGUAGGUGUGUGGCAUACAGCUUUCAUUUCUAGAACUGGUAGAGAUGGUAUAUUAGAAGUUGAUGAACAGCCGACAGUUAAAGGUAUUUCGCCAGGAGCAUUCACUCAGUUAUCUCUUCCUCUCAACAUGUAUGUUGGUGGGAUACAUGAUUCAAGAGAUGUUGCUGUAAAGGCCUCCAUCACAGAAUCGUUCACUGGUUGUAUCCAAAAGGUUGUAAUCAAUGGAAGAACAUUGAAACUUAUUGAUGAUGCUUUGUCAGGGAUCAGUGUUGCAAAUUGUCUUCAUUCAUGUGUAGAGGAACCAUGUAAGAAUGGCGGUCAUUGUGAGCCAAGAAUGGACUAUUAUUCAUGCCACUGUCAUUUGGGAUAUGCAGGAAACAACUGUGAAAAUGAAGUUACUGAAAUGAUUGCUGAGCCGAUGUUUACGGGUGCUAGCUAUCUACAUUAUAUGGAUGAAAGUAUAGUGAAAAGGAUUCGUGGCAACAAAAUAGAUAUAAAAUUUAAAUUUCGAUCAUUUGGACCGAGUGGAUUGUUACUGUGGUCUGGAAAGAAAGAAAUGACGACAUCCGCUGAUUUUCUUGCUUUAGGACUUAAAGACGGGUACUUGCAUUUCCAGUACAAUCUUGGUUCUGGAGAAGUAGUUAUUAUUUAUAACAACACGAGAUUAGAUGAUGGAAAAUGGCAUUCAGUUAGAGUAUUAAGAGUGGAGCAAGAAGGAUCUUUAGUUGUUGAUGGAGGAACAGCAGUUACAGGAGCUUCUCCAGGACAGCUUAAUCAACUUAAUGUCAAUAAUGGUCUUUAUCUAGGCGGUAUGGAAAACAUAGUAAGCUUAAGUAUGAACAAAUAUCACUCAGGUUUAGUAGGAUGCCUUGCAAAUGUGACUUUAUCAACGGACUACCAAAUCCGCCUCAUCACACAUGCAACUACUGGGAUCAACAUACAGCCUUGCCUCUAAAGUACAAAGGAAACUAACUAUUCUUGUACUAGAGUCAACACAUGUACAGAUGAUAUAUGUAGGAUAACUUCCUAUGGAUAGUAGGUCCACACAUGUAGCCAAAACUGCCCAAAGUAAAGAUGUGCAAAUUAUAACCUUUGGCAACAUAUACUGCAGUUACCAAAUCAUUACGGCAGAAUUCUGUAGUUUGUGUUCACAGAUGCAUGUGCCACAAGGAAGUUUUUAUACAGCUUCUCCUUGAUUGUGACCCCAUGUGUUGUGCUAGUGCCUUCAGUAAGCAGCAAGAUAUCAGUUUUUGCACCUAUCAUUCUACCACUCUCAUUCUUAUUAGCAAAUUCUUCCUUAGAAUGAGUUAAAGGGUUUUUGUUGUUCCCAGUAUUUUUUGUAAAGAUUGUUUUCAAUGUAAAAAUUAUUUUUUAAAACAGGACAAGUUCAUACACAAAAGAAGAAAGAUUGAUCAGGAGCUUGUGUUUGCUUAAUAUACUGUAUGAAGCAGGCAACUGUGUUAUGCUGCAAUUAGAACAGCAGUUCUCCUAACUUGAGGAGCAAACGUAGUUCAUAUAUACUAGAAGAAAAUGUUUAAAUGUUUUAAAGCAGAGAAAGCAAUCCCUUCCCAAGGAUCCAAACAUUAAUCAUAAACAAACUGGAAUAACUGAAGCAAUGUUCUUUUGUAAUGAUACGUAUUCCUCAUUCAUGAGUGUUAGAUAGUGUUCUUACUUCAGGAUGGGCCCAAUCCUAUAAGGUGCACUUUGCUUAGGUGCUUUUGAAAUAGUUCAAAAGCUAUGGCUAUAUCAAUAAAUUUGAAUAAUUAUUUAAAGAGUAAAGUUAACGGAUGCACUAACAUGUUUUUGUACAUGACUAUAAUUAUACAUUCCUUAUGCAACAAUAUAUUUUUUAAUUUAGAAAGACUUGUUUAGUGUGGAAUUGAAUUCCAGUCUCUAAAAGUUCUCAAUUCAUCGAAGAUAAAAAGACCAACACAGUAAUGUUUGAUAAGUGUAGAUUUUAUACAUGCUUAUAUAUAAUUUGAUAUUAAAUUGUCAGUUGUAUUCCAACUAAUAACUUUAAUACAUUAAAAACUGAGUUAGUGUAUAGGGACAGAGAAAAAGGUCUAACUAAUGAAGAAAAAUUUCAUAAAAUAAUAAAGUUUUAAGAACUGUGUGUUUUCCCUUCUCAAACCGGUUUUUCUGUGUAAGUUUAAGUUGAAAAACAUAAAGGUUAGUAAAGGUACUAUUAACUUGGAACUCAAGCCUGUUCUGAGACAUGUUUGCAUAGCUUUCCUUAAUCUAAACUUAGUUUCUAUGCAAUAGAAAGAUAUUAGUUGGAUUACAAUUAAAUGUUUUUUACUACUUUCUUAUCUUUAUUUUUGUAAUAUUUGUGAUACAUAUUUUCAGGGAGGGGAAUGCAUUUUUCAAAAUUAGCAUUAGGUUUUCUUAAUUGGUAAGAACUUUACUUUUCAUUCGUGAAAACUAAUUCAAUAUUUAAUCUCAAUACUUGUUUUCUUAUUUCCCAAACCAAAAAUACUAGCUUUAAAUUAACAAAUAUUCCAUGAAGCUAUGCAACAAAAAGUUUAAUUCAGAACCUAUGACUCUUCCAACAUCAGGUCUAGCCUAGGUAAACAAUCACAACAUGCUCAAUAUUUUAUUUUACAUCCAUCAUUCACAUUCGGUAUGCCCAACUAAAGAUCACUGAUUGAUGAUCACAGAUAUAAAAGAAACACUACAUAUAAAUUAAUUUAUAUAGAAAAUUUUUAUGUAUUUCACUUCAUUUACACUAGUUUUGUACUUUAUAUACAUUAACUAGAAAUUAUCUCAGUUUCUCAGUCUGUUAAGUCAAAUUCGAUAUGCAAUGGAAUUUCGAUCUAUUGUUUUCAUUGAAAUGGAGGAAAACAAUUAUGAUGGGGGGGGAGAAUUAAUCCAAGAAACUGCAACGCGUUGUAAAUAAGUAAUAUAUUUGAAAUAAAUAAAUUUAUUACUUUCAACUUCAAUAUUACUAUAUUAAUAAACUACUUUGUAAUUAAAAAAAA